ACCCUCCAUCUGUCCAAAAGGUGCCAGAGAGUCAUGUCCAUGAGCUCUGGGUCCCUCCUGGUAUCCCAUGAGACCUCAGCGCUCCUGCAUCCCAGGCCCACCCUGCUGAACUCCAGGGGCUCGCUGGCCCCACCCUCAGACUCCUCUGCGUAGCACCACCACCACCACCACCACCAGGACUCCAGUUCACCUGCAGCCCUGAGGAGCUGCCCCCACCCUGCCUCUGCCUGACUCAGUGACUCACUGCCUGCCUUACUUGGAGGACGCUGAGCUGGAGAGUGCUCCUUUCUGCUUGCUUGCAGUUCAGCACUGGAUGAGGACAGGGACUCCUCCAGCUCCUUCACCUGCACCUCCUGCACCUCCAGGCCUACGGCUUUUGGAACAGUCCUGAGUCUCCAGCUUUCCCUGGGCUUAUUCAUCUACCUACUUCCCCAACAGUGGUCUAGGUUUCCAUCACUCACCUCUGGUCCACGGCUCGUGCUGGCACCCCACCGGAGGGAGGAUGUCGGUGUUGCGGCAGCUGGCCCUCCUGCUCUGGAAGAACUAUACUCUGAAGAAGCGGAAGGUUCUGGUGACAAUCCUGGAGCUCCUCCUGCCCCUGUUGUUUUCUGGGAUCCUGAUUUGGCUUCGCUUGAAGAUUCAGUCAGAAAAUGUGCCCAACGCUACUGUCUACCCCAGCCAGUCCAUCCAGCAGCUGCCUUUUUUCUUCACUUUAGCCCCAUCAGUGGGCACCUGGGAACUUGCCUAUGUCCCUUCCCACAGCGAAGCUGCCAGAACAGUCACUGAGACAGUGAAGAGGGCACUGCAGGUCAACAUAAGAGUACGAGGCUUUCCCUCUGAGAAGGACUUCGAGGACUACAUUCGGUAUGACAACCACUCCUCCAAUGUGCUGGCCGCAGUGGUGUUUGAGCACGUCUUCAACCACAGCAAGGACCCGCUGCCACUGGCGGUGAAAUACCACCUACGCUUCAGUUGUGCACGAAGAAAUUACAUAUGGACCCAAACAGGCAACUUUUUCCUGAAAGAAACAGAUGGCUGGCACACCAAUUCCCUUUUUCCACUUUUCCCAAACCCAGGACCAAGGGAACCCACAUCCCCUGAUGGUGGGGAACCUGGGUACAUUCGCGAAGGCUUCCUGGUGGUGCAGCAUGCUGUGGACAAAGCCAUCAUGCACUACCAUGCCAAUGCCUCCACACAGCAGCUCUUCCAGAAACUCACGGUCAAGGCAAAGAGGUUCCCUUUCCCACCAUACAUCUCAGACCCCUUCCUUAUCGCCAUCCAGUACCAGCUUCCCCUGCUACUCAUGCUGAGCUUCACCUACACUUCCCUCACCAUCAUCCGGUCCGUGGUGCAGGAGAAAGAGAGAAAACUAAAGGAGUACAUGCACAUGAUGGGGCUCAGCAGCUGGCUGCACUGGACCGCAUGGUUCCUCAUGUUCUUCUUCUUCCUCCUCAUCGCAGUCUCCUUCAUGACCUUUCUCCUGUGCAUCAAGGUGAAAAAGGACAUAGCAGUGCUCUCAAGCAGUGACCCUUCUCUGGUGCUGGUCUUCCUAUUGUGCUUUGCCAUCUCCUCCAUCUCCUUCAGCUUCAUGGUCAGCACUUUCUUCAAUAAAGCCAACAUCGCGGCGGCCGUGGGAGGCUUCCUCUACUUCUUCACCUAUAUCCCUUACUUCUUCGUGGCUCCACACUACAACUGGAUGACGUUGAGCCAGAAGCUGCUGUCGUGUCUUCUGUCCAAUGUUGCCAUGGCGAUGGGAGCCCAGCUCAUAGGAAAAUUUGAAGCCAAAGGCACAGGCAUCCAGUGGCGAGACCUCCUGAGUCCUGUCAACGUGGAUGAUGACUUCUGCUUCGGGCAAGUGCUGGGGAUGCUACUGCUGGACUCCGUGCUCUACGGGCUGGUGACCUGGUAUGUGGAGGCUGUCUUCCCUGGCCAGUUCGGCGUGCCGCAGCCCUGGUACUUCUUCCUCAUGCCCUCCUACUGGUGCGGGAGCCCAAGAACAGUGGUUGGAAAAGAGGAAGAAGACAGUGACCCUGAGAAAGCUCUCAGAACGGAGUACUUUGAAGCAGAGCCAGAAGACCUGGUAGCCGGGCUCAAGAUCAAGCAUCUGUCCAAGGUGUUCCGAGUGGGAAAUAAGGACAAGGCAGUUGUCAGAGACCUGAACUUGAACCUGUACGAGGGCCAGAUCACUGUCCUGCUGGGUCACAAUGGUGCAGGGAAGACUACCACCCUUUCUGUCCUCACAGGUCUCUAUCCUCCUACCAGUGGGCGUGUGUACAUCAGUGGAUAUGAAAUCUCCCAAGACAUGGCUCUGAUCCGGAAGAGCUUGGGCCUGUGCCCCCAGCAUGAUGUCCUGUUUGACAACCUGACAGUAGCAGAACAUCUCUACUUCUAUGCGCAGCUGAAAGGCCUGUCACCCCAAAAGUGUCCUGAAGAAGUAAAGCACAUGCUGUACGCCCUCAAUAUGGAGGACAAGCGGAAUUCGCCAUGCAAGUACCUGAGUGGAGGGAUGAAGCGCAAGCUCUCCAUCGGCAUUGCCCUCAUAGCGGGUUCCAAGUUGUUGAUUCUGGACGAGCCCACCUCGGGCAUGGACGCCAUCUCCAGGAGGGCCAUCUGGGACCUUCUUCAGCAGCAGAAGAGUGACCGCACCAUCCUGCUGACCACACACUUCAUGGACGAGGCUGACCUGCUGGGGGACCGCAUCGCCAUCAUGGCGGAUGGGGAGCUGCAGUGCUGUGGGUCGUCUCUGUUCCUCAAGCAGAAAUAUGGUGCUGGCUACCAUAUGACCCUAGUGAAAGAACCACACUGUAAUCCUGAAGCCAUCUCCCAGCUGGUGCACCGCCAUGUCCCCAACGCCACACUGGAGAGCCAUGCUGGGGCUGAGCUGUCCUUUAUUCUUCCUAAGGAGAGCACACACAGGGGCCGGAAAGGAUUUGACAUCGCCCUCAACUUGCUCUUCGCCAUGGCAUUUCUGGCCAGCACAUUUUCUGUCCUAGCAGUCAGCGAGAGGGCCGUCCAGGCCAAGCAUGUCCAGUUUGUGAGCGGCGCCCACGUGGCGACUUUCUGGCUCUCUGCUCUGCUGUGGGACCUCCUCUCCUUCCUCGUCCCCACCCUGCUACUGCUGGUGGUGUUUCGAGCUUUUGACGUGCGUGCCUUCACACGGGACGGCCACAUGGCCGAUCUCCUGCUGCUGCUGCUGCUGUAUGGCUGGGCCAUCAUCCCCUUCAUGUACCUCAUGAGUUUCUUCUUCUCGAGCGCAUCCACAGCCUACACCAGGCUGACCAUAUUCAACAUCCUGUCGGGCAUCGUCACCUUCAUCAUGGUCACUAUCAUGCGCAUCCCAGCGGUAAAGUUGGAAGAACUUUCCAGAACCCUGGAUCAUGUGUUCCUGGUGCUGCCCAACCACUGUUUGGGGAUGGCAGUCAGCAGCUUCUAUGAGAACUAUGAAACCCGCCAGUACUGCACCUCCUCAGAAGUUGCCUCCCACUACUGCAAGAAGUACAACAUCCAGUACCAGGAAAACUUCUACGCGUGGAACACGCCGGGGGUGGGCAGGUUUGUGACCUCCAUGGCUGCCUCGGGGUGUGCCUACCUCAGCCUGCUCUUCCUCAUCGAGACCAACCUGCUGUGGAGACUGAGGACCUUUAUCUGUGCCUUUCAGAGGAGGUGGACCCUGGCAGAAUUGCAUAGCCGGACUUCAGUGCUUCCUGAGGACCAAGAUGUAGCAGAUGAGAGGAACCGAGUCCUGGCCCCCAGCCUGGAAUCCCACACGCCCCUGAUCAUCAAGGAGAUUUCUAAGGUAUAUGACCAGCGGGCGCCGCUCCUCGCUGUGGACAGGAUCUCCCUUGCCGUUCAGAAGGGGGAGUGCUUUGGCCUUCUGGGUUUCAAUGGAGCUGGGAAGACCACCACAUUCAAAAUGCUUACAGGGGAGGAGACCAUCACCUCAGGGGACGCCUUUGUUGGAGGCUACAGCAUCAGCUCUGACAUCCAGCAGGUGCGGCAGCGGAUGGGCUACUGCCCCCAGUUUGAUGCCCUGCUGGACCACAUGACCGGCCGGGAGAUGCUGGUCAUGUAUGCCCGGCUCCGGGGCAUUCCUGAGCGCCUCAUCGGCCCCUGUGUGGAGAACACACUGCGGGGCUUGCUCCUGGAGCCACACGCUAACAAACUGGUCAGGACAUACAGCGGCGGCAACAAGCGAAAGCUGAGCACAGGCAUCGCCCUCAUUGGAGAGCCUGCAGUCAUCUUCCUGGACGAGCCGUCCACUGGCAUGGACCCCGUGGCCAGACGCCUGCUGUGGGACACAGUGGCCCGGGCCCGGGAGUCUGGCAAGGCCAUCGUCAUCACCUCCCACAGCAUGGAGGAGUGCGAGGCGCUGUGUACCCGGCUGGCCAUCAUGGUGCAGGGCCAGUUCAAGUGUCUGGGCAGCCCGCAGCACCUCAAGAGCAAGUUUGGCAGCGGCUACUCCCUGCAGGCCAAGGUCCACAGCGAAGGGCAGCAGGAGGCUCUGGAGGAGUUCAAGGCGUUCGUGGACCUGACCUUCCCAGGCAGCGUCCUGGAAGAUGAGCACCAGGGUAUGGUUCAUUACCACCUACCCGGCCAAGACCUCAGCUGGGCAAAGGUUUUUGGUAUCCUGGAGAAAGCCAAGGAAAAGUACGGAGUGGAUGACUACUCAGUAAGCCAGAUCUCUCUGGAGCAGGUCUUCCUGAGCUUUGCCCACCUGCAGCCCCCAACCGUGGAGGAGGGGCGAUGAGGAGCCCCCUGCUGCCUCCAGGGCGCCUGGCAGGGCGGGGUGAGCCAGUGCACUCUGCAUCCUCUCCCUCCCAGUUUCUCUCUUCUUUUUAAUCACUCUUUUCUAUGAUGGACAUGAAAAAAAAAAAUUUGAGGUGGAAAAGAAUCAUGCACAGAAUGGACCGAGUGUGUCAGUGUCCUGACGUAGGAACAGCAUGUGGAUUUCCACCCCUGAAGGCCAACGCUCAGGAACUCAGGAACUCACACUCCCAGAGCCGGAGCCUGAGCGGCAGUGUGUACUGCUGGCUGUGGCUCUGGGUGGAGCGCUGCCCCUGGUAGGUCUGCGUCGACCUGGAGGACUCAGCACCCUGUCCAUGUGUCCACCUGACACUACUCUCCCGGGGAGAGAAAAAGGAAGUCAGGCCUUUCAGGCUCUGUGAAUGGACAGAAAAGUUACGAUUCCUAUCAAUGAUGGGAAGAGGUCAGCGUGACUCAGUGCUUAGUUUUCAGUGCAGCCCCAGAAGCACUUCCUUGGAGCUGAUGCUCAGCUACACCAGGCGGAGCUGACCCCAGGCCGGAGGUCAUCCCGAGGCAUCGUCCAGAAGCAGCCAGCACAGGAAGAGGCGGUGGCUAGACGCAGAGCACAGGCCUUUCUUCCCAACUUUGCACCUUCAGGUCACUUGUCACAGGACAGCCAGGGCCCCGAGGGCUCAGCAGCUGUCUCCUGCGGACUGACUAGACAUAUGGUGACUCUGACCAGAAAAUAAAGGUUGAGGGAACACGACCAGA